AUGCCAAGCGAGGAGACCGAUGCCGCCCUGCGCCGGUCCAAGAAGGAUGCCAUCUUUGACGACAUGCCGGCGAAGGCCGAGUGGCAAGCGAAGAGUGUUGACGACCAAGUCCGAAAGGUGAAAGUUGCCGAGCCGCGAAGGGUUCGCGACGGUGAGGAGGAGGCGAUCUUCGAAGAGGAGGCAGCCACGGAGGUGGUCACCAACGUCACGGAGGUGCCCGAGGCUCACAAGAAGCACAUGGCGGACAGCGAGAAGGAGAAGGGCAAUGAGGCCUUCUACUCGAAAGACUUCUCAGAAGCCGAGGCCUACUACAGCAGGAGCUUACAGUACCAGGCCGACGAUGCCUCCGCCUGGGCGAACCGGGCACUGGUGAGACUGAAGCUCAGCAAUUUCCAGGGUGCCCUGGAGGACUGUGAGCAUGCCCUGGCGCUGAAUGGCAGCCACGUGAAGGCGCUUCAUCGGAAGGGGAAGGCACUUUACGAGCUGCAGCGCUUUGCUGAUGCUGCGGGGACCUUUCGAAGCGAAGUGCUAGAGCUACGGCCGCUCAUCAUUUGCUUGUUCCGUGCAUGCUUGGCCCAAGUUAGUCAAAGCCUUCAGUUCCGGGUUCUGCUUCGAGCGUUUCGUUGCUUCAUCCCGACAGCAUGGCUGGAUUCUCAGGAGGCAUCAAGCAGCCCGCAGCCCAUCAUCUCAGGGAGCGAGCUGCACGCUGACCUGGCGCUCAAUGUCAAUGUGCUCGACGUGCAAAACGGAGUUGGAGUCUUGAUUGGCUGGAGAUUCAACGGUGCAGGCCAUGGCAACGACGAGACAGUUCCGGAGGGCUUCGUUCGCAUCCGCUUUGCCGCUUACGAGUUGCGUCAGAACCCCUGCUUGAACGUUGCUGCCCGGCAAGUGACCUUCGUUCCCAAGGAGGACGUGGUCCUCAAAGAGCAGCGCAUCGGCGUGCGGGUGCGGAGGGGGCCGGACUGGAAGUGGGGGAACCAAGAUGGAGGUGCUGGAAACUGGGGCACCACCGUGGUCGACUCUGAUCCGGACAUGCCACUUCGCUGGAUCAAAGUGCAGUGGGAUCAUGGUGAGAAGAAGUCAUAUCGGGUCGGCGCGGAGGGCAAGUACGAUCUAAUCUUUGCAGUCGAAGAUGGCGAUGUCGUCGAGGAGACAGAGCCUGAACUCGACCAGGGGCAUGACGAGGAGUGGCUGAGCCCGGAUCAGGCGAUGGAAUACGAAUGUCCCGUCUGCAAAUGUGUUUGCCGAGCUGCCGUCUUCCACGAUGCAUGCACGAAGCUCUUCUGCGAGCUUUGCUGGAACAAGGUCUACGGCCAGAAGGAGGAGUGCCCUGUUUGCCGGCAGAGCGGUGAAAUCCAGCCUUCGAACAGAGACCGGGUGAAGAUCAUGAACCUCAAGAUCAAGUGCCCGAAUGGCUGCUGUGCGACUUUUCCCCUGGUUGACAAGCGAAGUCACCUCCGGAUCUGUCCACACCGCAAGGUUCGCUGCCAAGACUGCGGCGGAGCCAUUGGCCUCCAUUUGAUGCCACAGCAUCAGAUCGAAUGCGAAGCCAAGUCCCUGAUAUGCAAGAUCUGCGGCGAGAGAGUACUGGCCAAGCAGAUGCAUACACACUUGGAAGCGAACGCUGGCAUGCACAUCUCUGCUCUGCUGGAUAAAAUCAGCGAAAUGGAGGCCAACUCGCAGAAGCAGACACAGGCGCUCCAGGAGCGCAUCGAGAAGCUGGAGGAGGAGGUCCAGGAGCUCAGAGCAGGUAGAGACAUGAAUCCGCUGACGGCACCGGAGGUCCUGGACUUUACCUGA